AGAGAGAGAGCAAUUUGUGUCAUUUCUCUUAGAUGGGCAGUCUGCAGACAACUUAUUAUAUAGUCUCUACAGACUUUGAACUCUUCAUUGGUUGAAGUUUCACAUUCCAUUUCACUUAAGCAUGAACUGCUCGACAUCAGUAGCCCUCAGUAAUGCCAAAAGAUUAGCAGGAAAAGUGGCAAUAAUCACUGGAGGUGCCAGUGGCAUUGGGGCUAGCACCUCUGCACUCUUUGCUCAAAAUGGAGCUAAGGUAAUAAUAGCUGAUAUCCAAGAAAGUCUUGGCCAAUCGCUAUGCCAAGAAAUUGGCAAAGAUGGCAAUGUAUCCUAUGUUCAUUGUGAUGUUACUAGUGACAAAGAUGUGAAAAACAUUGUUGAUUUUGCAAUGUCCAAGUACGGAAAGUUAGACAUCAUGUACAACAAUGCUGGCAUCUCUGGCAACAACGAUCCAACAAUUUUAGGCACUGAUAAUGAGAACUUCAAAAGGGUUUUUGAGAUUAACGUCUAUGGUGGUUUCUUGGGUGCCAAACAUGCUGCUAGGGUUAUGAUCCCUGCCAAAAAAGGUGUCAUUCUUUUUACUUCUAGCGUUGCUUCAGUUAAUUGUGGAGAAUCACCUCAUGCUUAUACAAUGUCGAAGCAUGCGGUGGUUGGACUAAUGAAGAAUUUAUGUGUUGAAUUAGGGCAGUAUGGAGUAAGGGUGAAUUGUAUCUCUCCUUGUGCCCUUGCUACUCCAUUGCUAAGAAAUGCAAUGGGGACUGAUAAAAGUUUUGUAGAGCAUGUUGUUUGUGCAUCUGCUAAUUUAAAAGGGGUGGUGCCGCAGCCUGAGGAUGUGGCAGAGGCCGCCUUGUAUUUGGGUAGUGACGAGUCCAAGUAUGUGAGUGGAUUAAACCUCUUGGUGGAUGGAGGCUACAGCACCACCAAUCAGUCUUUCAGUACGGUGCUAAGAAAUUUAAUGUCAUCAUGAUUCAAGAUUUUGUACUAGUAGAAAUCCACUCGCAAGGACACCAAUCUAAUGGAGAAGAAAAACUAUGUUCUAUCAGAAUUUAUUACAAAAUGAGGCUUUAAAUUAUUUUGUUAAUAAUUGCAAUAGUUUAGCGUUAGGACCACCAGUAAGUUAAGUUAAAAGAUUACCUCCAUGUUUUUUUUUU